UGGUCGUGCUUAACUGCUUCCAUGACAGUCGAAUCUGUGUUUCGAUUCAUCACAGAUUACGAUUGUAAGCAGAUGUCAAAUGCAUCAAUUAAAUGCUUCGCGAAAAAUCAGAAAGAUAACAUCGAGACGAGUUUCAGCAGCCGCGUAAACGCAAGACUGGUGGGUGGGAGAACAUCCUAUAAGAUAUAAAUCGUCGCGGUUCGGAACGACGCGUAAAAAUCGUUCAUUUAACGAAACAAGUGUAUUUUCGCGGCUAAAUCAUGUCUUGCAAAAUUUUCAUAAAAAUAUUAACGCUAUCGGUGAUGUGCGCCGCGAUAUGCGCGGUUCGAAGAGUUCCGCGGUGGAAUAUUAAUAACACGCAAAGACAAGGAUCCAACAUAUGUGCCGUAGAGGCGAACGACGACAUAAAUUACACCUAUUACACCGAAAGCAAAGAGUGGAAUCCUCGACAAAUUUGUGGCAAGCCGACAUCCGUUAGAUACGAGUGCUGCGCAGGAUAUUACAGAGUCGCGGGCCAUCCUGGAUGCACAGGAGUGAAACCAUUGCUCGACGUAAUCGAGACUGCGAAACGCGUGGGCUCGACGAAAUUCGCAAGAUUGAUCGAGACAUCGAAUCUGGCAGAAAAAUUACGAGACGGUCCUUCCGUCACGAUCUUCGUUCCCUCCGAGGAAGCAUUCGACACGUACUUAAGAAUAAAAGGAAUUUUGCCGGAGUGGUUGCUGGACGGCAAUAACUACGUAAAUCUGAUCGCGAAUCAUAUAGCAGACAGGCGGAUACCGUCGAAUCAUUGGCAGGCGAAUCUUUUAGUUCCGUCGAGAUUGCAGGGAAACAUUUUGAGGCUCAAUAAAUUUUCCAACGGCAUGGAAACAGUAAAUUGUCAUAGAAUCGUUCGCAAAGAUCAAUUCGCUACGAACGGCGUCGUGCACGUGAUCGACGGAUUGCUGGAUCUCGCGUUGGCAGAAAAUUCGGACAUCGUUGAUCUAGCUGCGAAAGAUGGAAGAUUCGGAAUAUUUUUAAGAGCACUCGAGGACAGCGAAUUGGGCAACAGAGUCAGAUACAGCGACGUUCCGUGUACAAUUUUUGCGCCUACGGACGAAGCCUUCCAACGGAUUCCGGAACAGCAAUUCAAUCGCAUAAUGACCAAUCCUGACACGUUGACUGCGUUGAUCGCGCAUCAUAUCGUCGCGCAUCCCGUAUGUGUGCCGAACAUAAUUUCGGAGUAUCGCGCGACAACGAUUCUGCGAGAACAAGAAUUGACUCUGAGCUGCGGCCCGCGCGGGCCUAUCGUGGACCAAGCGAAUUUGAAGGCCGAAAUGUAUCAUGGGCAAAAUGGACUGCUGUAUAUCCUGGAUCGUGUGCUGCUUCCUGAUCGAGCGAAGACGAUUUUGGAUUUGGCGAAGGAGGAAGGAUUGUUCACAUUUCUAGCGAUAAUGAAGGUAGCUGGACUAGAAGAGAGUCUGAGGAGUUUGCAACAUUUCACGAUGUUCGCUCCCUCUGAGACAGCUAUGCACUCUUUAUCCGAGCAACAACUCGCGACGUUGCGGAGCAAUCAACGGAGCGCUCGAGACUUCGUACUAAAUCAUAUAGUCACAGGAACGUACUUCACCAACGAGAUGAGCAGCAAUCAAGUAGCCAGAACCAUCGAGGUAGGAAUACCUUUACGAUUGCAAGUGUAUCGAGGAGCAUAUGGUAUAGAGAACGCCCUCAUCGUGAAAGCUGAUAGAGGAUGCAGCGAUGGGAUUUUACACGUGAUUAGUCACGUGUUGCAUCCAGCGGAGGAAUCUUUGGACUAUAUACUGCGGAGGGAGGGCAAAUUUAGCAUUUGGUUAGAUGCGCUGGAAAGGAUUAAAGGUGUUCAGCCGGAUAUAUAUAAUAACUUCCACCAUGCUAAUUCUUCGUGCACGUAUUUCAUCCCCUCGGACGACGCAUUUAGACGACUGGGAAACGUUAAGCUUCGAACGUUGCUGGAAGAUAAUAAUUAUUUAACGAAGAUGGUGAAAAAUCAUAUUGUGGACAAUAUGAUGCUUUCUGAAAGUUUUAAGCCUAAUCUUCAGUAUACCGUGAAGACAAAGGAAAACGCAGUGAAUGUUAUGAGAACGAAUAAUAAGAUACUGGUAAACGAUGCAACGUUUGUAAAAUGUGACAUUUUGAACAAAGCGGGUGUAGCGCAUGAGAUAAACUCGGUAUUGCUACCUGAAAGUUGUUCUCGUGGAUAUAAGAGAACAAAAGACGGACAUGUGAAAAAAGUGUGCCUUUGAAAAAGGUGACAGAGAUUUGUGUAUAAUCUAUAAUCGCUUGAUAACAAAUCUGUAAGUAGAAAUAAUAAAAAUAGAGUUUGAGUAACAGCAGA